AUGUUCCCCUCCCCUCCUACAGAGCUAGCCUCCCCGACAGCUCAAAACCAAGCCCUAGACACUCUCCGAGACGACAUCGUACCUGAAGAAGAAAAGAGUUGGUUCUACUAUCUCGCCGAGAUCUCAUACCGAAGAAUGAUCAAUCGAAUCUUGGCCGUCAUGGCUCGUGAUGGAGAAAGAGGGUGGAUCGACAAUAUUGGCGAUAUCAUCAAGCAGUGCAAGGACUUUGGUGAACAGAUUGACAUUUGGCACUCUCACAUCCCACCCCAGAUCGACCUCAAAGACGAUGCAAUGUCCAACGACGAGCUCGCGCAGCUUGUCAAGAACCGAGAGAUCAGCUGCCGAGAAUGGAUUCACAGACCCUUGCUCUUCUACGUCAUCCACCAGAGCCCCAGCGAUCCUCACUACGACGAGGCCCUUCCCCUGGCCCAAAAAUGUCUCCAACUCUCCGCUGAGCACAUGUUCCGGAUUUUUGGGCAUAACCGGCACCAUGGAACUUGGUACGUCGCACGUUGUUGCAUCACGAGGGCUCUCACGUUGCUUGCUGCCGCCAAGAGCGGGAGGAUACCGAUGCCAGAACGCUGGAAGGAUGCGUUGGAGGUGGCGCGGUGGACGAUACAUCGGUGGUCAACUGAGGCACCGGAUCUUCAAUGGGCUGAGCACGUCUUGGACAACAUCUUGAGGAACGUUGAAAGGGAUUCUAUGUAA